CGCAGCGGCCUGCAGGAGUCCCAGCAUCCUGGCCCCCCACGAUGCUGGACCAGGGGCCCCCACUACUCAGCACAAUCCGGGCUGCCUCAGUUUGCCCGGGGGACCCCCAAGAAGCGCCAGCAGCCAGAAACAGCAGCAGUCUGAGGCUGCCUGGGCGAGCCGCAUGAACGAGUUGCUAGGCUUUUGUGUGCGCUGCUCUUUGUAUUGGAGGCGUGUGCUCGGAGCUGGCAGAGCAGGGCUGGGCCAUGUGAGUGGGGGCCUCCGUGGCAGGCAGGGACCAAGGCGGGCCGGAGCGACUAGUUCCCCAACUCCCACCAGCCUCCCUCUAAGUCUCCGUGGAGGUGCCGCGGUGGUCUGAACAGAAACUGAGAGGCGAAAAUGCUCAAGUUCAAGGCCUUUUGCCUGGAUUACUGGCAGUUCCUGUGCCUGCAGCCGCUGCAUGGAGUCUAUAAAAGCGUCGAGGGCGAGGCCCCCAGCAGCGAGACCGGCACGUCCCUGGACAGCCCCUCUGCCUACCACCAGGGCCCCUUAGUGCCCGGUUCCAGCCUGAGCCCGGACCACUACGAGCACCCGUCAAUAGGAGCCUAUGGGCUGUACUCGGGGCCACCAGGGCAGCAGCAGCGCACGAGGAGGCCCAAGCUGCAGCACUCGACCUCCAUCCUGCGCAAGCAGGCCGAGGAGGAGGCCAUCAAGCGCUCGCGGUCACUCUCUGAGAGUUAUGAGCUCUCCUCGGACCUGCAGGACAAGCAGGUGGAGAUGCUAGAACGGAAGUAUGGGGGACGCCUCGUGACCCGCCAUGCAGCCCGCACCAUCCAGACGGCCUUCCGCCAGUACCAGAUGAACAAGAACUUCGAGCGCCUGCGCAGCUCCAUGUCAGAGAACCGCAUGUCGCGCCGCAUUGUGCUGUCCAACAUGAGGAUGCAGUUCUCCUUCGAGGGGCCCGAGAAGGUACACAGCUCCUACUUCGAGGGGAAGCAGGUCUCCGUGACCGAGGAUGACGCCCAGCUGGGAGCCCUGGUGCCCUCUGAGUGCAGUGACCUUGGUGAGCCACCUGUUCUCAAGUCCCCGGCACCGCCCAGCGACUUCGCAGACGCCAUCACGGAGCUGGAGGACGCCUUCUCCCGGCAGGUGAAGUCACUGGCUGAGUCCAUCGACGAUGCCCUCAACUGCCGCAGCCUGCACGCCGAGGAGGCGCCGGCCCCCGACACGGGGCGGGCCCGUGACGCUGAGCCCCAGCCGGCCCUGCACGGCGUGGACCACCGCCAGCUGGACGAGAUGACAGCCUCGUACAGCGACGUCACCCUUUACAUUGACGAGGAGGAGCUGUCACCGCCCCUGCCCCUCUCACAGGCCGGGCCCCGGCCGGGCAGCACCGAGUCAGACCUACGGCUGCGGUCUGGGGGUGCAGCCCAGGACUACUGGACCCUGGCCCACAAGGAUGACAAGGGGGAUACAGACACGAGCUGCCGGAGCACGCCCUCGCUCGAGCGGCAAGAGCAGCGGCUACGGGUGGAGCACCUCCCGCUGCUCACCAUCGAGCCGCCCAGCGACAGCUCCGUGGACCUCAGUGACCGCUCAGACCGAGGCUCGCUCAAGAGGCAGAGUGCCUACGAGCGCAGCCUCGGCGGGCAGCAGGGCAGCCCCAAGCACGGCCCCCAUGGCGGCCCCCCCAAGGGCCUGCCCCGGGAGGAGCCGGAUUUACGGCCCCGGCCCCCCAGGCCCCUGGACAGCCACCUGGCCAUCAACGGCUCCGCCAACAGGCAGAGCAAGUCCGAGUCCGACUACUCGGACGGAGACAACGACAGCAUCAACAGCACCUCCAACUCCAACGACACCAUCAACUGCAGCUCCGAGUCAUCGUCCCGCGACAGCCUGCGGGAACAGACGCUCAGCAAGCAGACCUACCACAAGGAGACCCGCAACAGCUGGGACUCGCCCGCCUUCAGCAACGAUGUCAUCCGCAAAAGGCACUACCGCAUCGGCCUCAACCUCUUCAACAAGAAGCCUGAGAAGGGCAUCCAGUACCUCAUCGAGCGCGGCUUCGUGCCCGACACACCGGUGGGAGUGGCCCACUUCCUGCUGCAGCGCAAGGGCCUCAGCCGGCAGAUGAUCGGCGAGUUCCUCGGCAACCGGCAGAAGCAGUUCAACCGUGACGUGCUCGACUGCGUGGUGGACGAGAUGGACUUCUCCGCCAUGGAGCUGGAUGAAGCACUCAGAAAGUUCCAGGCGCACAUCCGGGUCCAGGGGGAGGCCCAGAAGGUGGAGCGGCUCAUCGAGGCCUUCAGCCAGCGGUACUGCAUCUGCAACCCCGGGGUGGUGCGGCAGUUCCGGAACCCAGACACCAUCUUCAUCCUGGCCUUUGCCAUCAUCCUGCUCAACACGGACAUGUACAGCCCCAAUGUCAAGCCCGAGCGCAAGAUGAAGCUGGAGGACUUUGUCAAGAACCUCCGAGGUGUGGAUGAUGGCGAGGACAUCCCCCGGGAGAUGCUGAUUGGAAUCUACGAGCGAAUCCGCAAGCGGGAGCUGAAGACCAAUGAGGACCACGUAUCCCAAGUGCAGAAGGUGGAAAAGCUCAUCGUGGGGAAGAAGCCGAUUGGAUCCCUGCAUCACGGGCUUGGCUGUGUGCUCUCGCUGCCCCACCGGCGGCUGGUCUGUUACUGCCGGCUCUUCGAGGUUCCAGACCCAAAUAAGCCCCAGAAACUCGGACUGCACCAGCGAGAGAUCUUCCUGUUUAAUGACCUCCUGGUGGUCACCAAGAUCUUCCAGAAGAAGAAGAACUCGGUGACGUACAGUUUCCGACAGUCCUUCUCCCUGUACGGCAUGCAGGUCCUGCUCUUCGAGAACCAGUACUACCCCAACGGCAUCCGGCUCACAUCAGCCAUCCCUGGAGCUGACAUCAAAGUGUUAAUAAACUUCAAUGCCCCCAACCCUCAAGAUCGGAAGAAGUUCACAGAUGACCUGCGGGAGUCCAUCGCGGAGGUGCAGGAGAUGGAGAAGCACAGGAUAGAGUCGGAACUGGAGAAGCAGAAAGGUGUCGUGAGGCCCAGCACAUCCCAGUGCUCCAGCCUCAGGAAGGACCCAGGCAACGGGACCCUGAGCCGGGCCUGCCUGGACGAUAGCUAUGCCAGCAGCGAGGGCCUCAAGCGCAGCGCCCUCAGCAGCUCCCUGCGGGACCUCUCUGAAGCGGGGAAGCGAGGGCGUCGCAGCAGUGCGGGAUCGCUAGAGAGCAAUGUGGAAGGGUCCAUCAUUAGCAGUCCUCACAUGCGCCGGAGAGCUACAUCAACACGAGAGUGUCCAUCUCGCCCACACCAGACUAUGCCUAACUCAUCCUCCCUCCUGGGCUCCUUAUUUGGGAUUUCAGCCUUUCGAGCCACUGCAGCCGCCAGUGCUCUGCUCCUAAGCCGUGGGACCCGAGGACUGCCCCCUGGCACCUGCCCAGGCCGAGGGCCCUUUCAGAAAGGGCGAAGCUAGCGCAGGACUGCGGGCCUGGGGGCGCGCUCUGCGGACAGCGUGGCGAGCGGGCCGGACGGCAGGAGGACAGAGGGGAGCCCACCCUGGCGGGCCGGCCGCGUCACCCGUUUCCCCUCCCCACCGCCCCCAUGUCUUGUCAUUGAGGUCACCAUACCAGCAAAUCUGCAAACUGAGCACUUUGUUAAUCUCCACAGAGGGCAAGUCCAGCGAUCUAGGGUUUAGCCUUUCAAAGCACGCGUGACUGGCGCCCGCCCGCCUCCCUCUGCCCAGCGGUGCCCUCCUCCCUCGGGCUCUGCUCGGGAAGAGGAAGAAAAAGCGCGGGCGUGGAGGUUUGGCCCGGCUGGGCUGGCAGGAGGCUCCCCAGGGCCAUGGACGUCGAGACCCCCCGGGUUUCCCUUCGGAGUCAGGCAUUCUCUGUCUUGAGUUUAAAGGAUGUUGUUGUGACCAGGAAGAGUCGAGUUGCAUGUCACCCGGCGUCAGACGUGUGAGGCCACACUCUGUGUUGUAUAUUCGCAAAAUAUAUCAGUGUUACUGUUGACAAAUAGUUGAAGUAAAGUGAUAACAUAUUAAAUAUGUCGGCUUUUCUUCAGCCUCUGUACCAAUGGUAGGGUCUAACUGUAAACUCUAGGUUGUUCCAGAAAAGAUACAGGCUCUCUCGUACAAGACGGCCCUCUCCAGGGGACCUCCCUGUGAAAAAAAAAAACAAAGAGAAGGAAAAAGACACUCGCCGGGGGAGGGGCCUCCUUCUCCGUGGCUGUCCCCCACAGCCCGUCUAGAACUCACGUCCAGAACUGUCACGGUGUGUCCUGCCGCUCUCAGGGUGCACAGGUCUGGACCUAGUGAGAGCCGGCUUCUCGAACAAAUUCAGUCCCUCCCGAGUCUCCCACUUCGUGCAGCGCACAGGAUGCAGGUCAGGGGUCCCAUCGCGCUGUGCCUACACAAACCUGUCACAGGAAGUGUUUCCAAAAGCACAUUGAGCGAGGCGAUCGGAGUCACAUUGCCCAACUCUUGUCUGGGAAGCAAAGGCUUCCUUUAAUCCGUGUCCCCCGCACUGCUUUCAGGGACCAGUGUUUCUGUCGCUCCCAACCUGCCUCACAGCCGGGGACCCGGCCUCCACACCCCUGGGGUGGGAGCAGGAGGCUGAGCAUCCCCAGACGCCUGUGUCACCCUUGCUGUUGUCAGGACACACUUGGGACACUCUCAAGUCGCACAAAUUACUCCAAUUACACAGCAGUUUCUGACAGGAGCAGGAGACCCUUAGAGAAGGCAGCUGAUGGCAUCACAGAAUCUUUUCUGGGACAACAAGGAAAAAACAUGUAUUUGUAUUUUUUUUUAAGUUUACGAAUGAAUUGUACAACAAUGUAAAAAUAAAGUUCAUCCCAGUAUGAUGUGCACAUCUUGCUUAAAAAUGUCUCCAGUGGAGAGUGGUUCUCGCAUCACGCACUGCAUGCAGCAGAAGCCGCUUGUUCUCCCUUUCAAACGAGCUGAAAAGACAGCAGAUAUUUAAACAAUGACCUUAAGUGUUGACUCAGCGUUCCAUAUGAAGCUGUAUCUCCACACGCAAGCAUGCAUCUUCCAGUUUUCGUUGUAAAAUAUCAUCACCUCCCUGCCUGAGAAACCAGUAAUUUUUAGUAUUUUAAACAACAACCACAAGCAUCAGGAAACAGGUUGCAAAGUGAAUCGGCGUGGCGUGGGGGUGGCAGGGAGGGACAAGCAGGAGGGGCUGAGUCACCGCGCCUCGAGUGCGCAGUAGGGCCACUGUCCUGUCUGCGGUUGUGCCAAGGUCACAUGCAGUCCCCUCUCCUCUCAGGAGCUGUCCUUCACCUCCAAGUUGUUUUAUCAAAUGAUUAGCAUCAGGUCGUGAACGCAGACUGUUCAAAGACUUCAAGGGACACCUCACUCCCAAGAAGCCGGGCACCCACUGUGUAACUUUGGGGAGGAUAGGAGUGCUUUUGUUUGAAUAUGCAUUCUGUUUGUGAGUAGUAACAGACUCUUGAUGUAAAACCAUAGCUGUGAUCAUGUGGAGAAAUCAAAUAAAUCCUUUAAAACUCUUGGACUCUUACUUUUUCUGGAAAGUCCAGAUGGUUCCUUGUCGGCCAGAGGCAGAGACCUCCAGCUGCAAGCCCGCCGGCUCCUGAGCAUGGGUCC